GCGGACUUGCCCGCUCCCAGGCCGGCCCCGCGCCUGGGACAGGGACCGGGCCGAGCGGAGUCGCCGCGCCUCCAGCCCGCGCGCCUAGCGGAUCUGAGCUGCGCGCGGAGCCGUCCUGCCCCGCCCCGCGCCACCCGCGAGGGUGGCCCGAGGCAGCCGGGAUGACAACUCUCCCCAGGAACCCUGGCAGCUGAGAAACAUGAUCAGCAAGUCCCGCUGGAAGCUCCUGGCCAUGCUGGCUCUCUUCCUGGCUGUCAUGGUGUGGUACUCGAUCUCUCGAGAGGACAGGUACAUUGAGCUCUUUUAUUUUCCCGCCCCAGGGAAGAGGGAGCCAUGCCUCCAGGGUGAGGCGGAAAAGAUGGUCUCCAAGCUCUUUGGCAACUACUCCCGAGAACAGCCUUUCUUCCUUCAGCUUAAAGAUUAUUUCUGGGUCAAGACCCCAUCUCUCUAUGAGCUGCCCUACGGGACCAAGGGGAGUGAAGAUCUGCUCCUCCGGGUGCUAGCCAUCACGAGCUACUCCAUCCCAGAGAGCAUCCAGAGCCUGAAGUGCCGCCGCUGCGUGGUGGUGGGGAACGGGCAUCGGCUGCGCAACAGCUCACUGGGAGAGGCCAUCAACAAAUACGACGUGGUCAUCAGGUUAAAUAGUGCCCCGGUGGCUGGCUACGAGCAGGAUGUGGGCUCCAAGACCACCAUGCGUCUCUUCUACCCUGAAUCCGCCCACUUCAACCCCAAAGUGGAGGACAACCCCGACACACUCCUCGUCCUUGUAGCUUUCAAGGCCAUGGACUUCCACUGGAUCGAGAGCAUCCUAAGUGAUAAGAAGCGAGUGCGAAAGGGCUUCUGGAAACAACCUCCGCUCAUCUGGGACGUCAACCCCAAACAGAUUCGGAUUCUCAACCCCUUCUACAUGGAGAUCGCAGCUGACAAACUGCUGAGCCUGCCGAUACAGCAGCCACACAAGAUUAAGCAGAAGCCCACCACAGGGCUGCUGGCCAUCACCCUGGCCCUCCACCUCUGCGACCUGGUGCAUAUUGCUGGCUUCGGCUACCCAGACGCCCACCAGAAGAAGCAGUCCAUUCACUACUAUGAGUAUAUCACGCUCAAGUCCAUGAUGUGGUCAGGCCACAAUGUCUCCCAGGAGGCCCUGGCCAUCAAGCGGAUGCUGGAGAUCGGAGCGGUCAAGAACCUCACUUACUUCUGACUCGGGCAGGGGCUGUUCCCAUCGGCUCACCCUGCUGAGUGGCCCCGGUCCAUGCCUCUGGGGGUGCCGGGUGCCAGCCUGGCCGGCUUGGACUCACCUUCUCCUGUGUGGGGAGGGGUCCAGGUCUGAGACGAGGCCGUGCCCCUGAUUGCUCUGGUGGAGGCCAGAUGGAGUCAGGGUGGAGGCCCUGGGGCAGGAGGGGCUGCGCCUGGGCAUGGGGGCUUGCUUCUGUGGCAUCCCCUCUCUGCCAGUGCCGGGAGAUUAUUUAAGGGGCUAUUUAAUUAAAGGGUAGGAAUGUGCUGUGGGCUGGCCCCAUGGCAUCCAGAAGAGGGGGCAUAUGACAGUGUUCUGCUCACUUCUGACACAGAAGUGAUGCACCCACUACGGCCUAGGCCCAGAGCGGGCCUCCCAGGAGGGUGGUGCCCCACCCCCCACAGAGGGGCUGCUCCCUCCCAGCAGGCAUGGGAAGAGCACUGGCGCAGGGGCUCCAUGGUGGA